AAAGGGGUGCGGCUGUGCCCCGCCCGUCGCUCCGUGACGCGGAGCCGCAUCCUCCGGAGCGGGACCGGCGGAUCCAGAAGUUUCCCGGCGCCGCCAUUUUGUAAUCGGGUCGGGGGUUCGGCAGCGGCAGCCUUAGGGAUCAUCCAUGACGGGGGACAGCGGCAGCUCCCGGGGAAAGCGGCGGCAUUCCCGAGCUCUGGAGGUGCGGUAUUCCAGGGAUAAAAAAGAAACUCCUGAUCCCAGGGAAUGCAACAGUGCUCCUAAGAGAAAGAGGACAUCCUGCAGUGGUGCACAGGAGGACAAGCACUGCAAACACAACCUUUCUAAACCUCCUGACAGUGCCCACUCAGAAUCCAGAUCUGUUUAUGAGAGAGACCGUCACGAGCGACGCUACGUUGAGGAGUACAGAAAUGAGUACAAUCCAGGAUGUGACACUGGGCACCACAGCAGCAAAUCCUCUGGUCACAGUGGGGCAAGUAGCCACAAAAGGAGACACAAGACACGUCACACUGCCUGUCAUCAUCAUCACUCACAGAAGAGUCAUCGAAGGAAAAGAUCCAGGAGUGUAGAGGAUGAUGAGGAGGGUCACCUGAUCUGUCAGAGUGGAGACGUACUAAGUGCAAGAUAUGAGAUUGUUGCUACUUUGGGUGAAGGUGCUUUUGGGAAGGUCGUGGAAUGCAUCGAUCACAAAGAGGAAGGCAGACACGUAGCUGUCAAAAUAGUAAAAAAUGUUGAUAGGUACUCAGAAGCAGCUCGUGCAGAAAUACAAGUACUGGAACACCUCAACGCGUCGGAUCCCAGCAGCACAUACUGUGUCCAGAUGUUGGAAUGGUUUGAGUACCACGGCCAUGUCUGCAUCGUGUUUGAGCUGCUGGGGCUCAGCACCUAUGACUUCAUCAAAGAGAACGGGUUCCUGCCCUUCCGCCUCGACCACAUCAGGCAGAUGGCCUAUCAGAUCUGCAAGUCUGUCAACUUUUUGCAUUCCAACAAGCUGACACAUACAGACCUGAAACCUGAAAAUAUUUUAUUUGUGAAGUCUGACUACGUAGAAGAGUACAACCCCAGACUGAAAUGUGACGAGCGCAGACUGAAAAAUCCUGACAUCAAAGUUGUGGACUUUGGGAGUGCAACUUAUGAUGAUGAGUACCACAGCACCCUGGUGUCUACAAGGCAUUACCGAGCUCCUGAAGUGAUCCUAGCCCUGGGAUGGUCCCAGCCCUGUGAUGUUUGGAGCAUAGGAUGUAUUCUCAUAGAGUACUACCUUGGCUUCACAGUGUUUCCGACCCAUGACAGCAAAGAACACCUGGCAAUGAUGGAACGAAUACUGGGGCCUCUGCCAAGUCACAUGAUAAAGAAAACCAGGAAGCACAAGUAUUUCCGUCACGACCGGCUGGACUGGGACGAGCAGAGCUCCGCGGGCAGAUACGUGUCCAGGCGCUGCAAGCCCCUGAGGGCUUUCAUGACCUGCCACGACUCGGACCACGAGAACCUCUUUGACCUCAUUGGGAAGAUGCUGGAGUAUGACCCAGCCAAGCGCAUCACUCUGGAAGAAGCACUGAAACAUCCUUUCUUCUUCCCACUGGAACAGGAAAGAAAGGUGCUGCCACCUGGAGCUGAGCAGGCUGGCAGAGAUGUCAGUCCACCAAAGAAAUACAGAAAAUCCUAAUUAUUUAUUCCAUUAUUUUGUAAAUGCCCUGUUUUGUAUUUCAGCUUUUUUUAGAUACUGAAGUUUAAUCCAGCUGCUGGCAUGAAACUUGUUGAAAAAGAUCUUGAUGAAUUUGGUUUU